ACCAGCAAACGUUAAACACGUGAAAUACGCUUAGCGUAAACGGUUCGAAAUACACAAGAGUACAUAUUUUAUAAAUUUAAAAUAGAACGAAGAAUAUAUUAUUUCUUCAUACAUUAAAGAAGAAUAUAAUAAGAUUUUGUUUUAAAAAUCGCCAUAAAGAUUUCGUAAGCAAAAAUUCAACUUGCAUCAGCUUUUUUUUUAUUAAAAAUAAAACAAAAAUGUGCUAAAUUUUUCAAAAAAUAUUAAAUAAUAAACUAAAAAAUCCUAAAAAUAUAAAAAGAAACUCUGCUGUCAUUUGGCUCUCCUAUGACGUAGAAUAUUGAUGACAAAACAAAGUGCGCAACAGAAUAAAUGAAAAAAGAGUACAAUUUGUACAAAGAGUGAACAAAAUAAAGAGAACCUAACAAUAAGCAAACCAAGUGUUGUAAAAAAAAAAUUUUAAAAUUAAUAAACAAUUAUAGUGUUAAACACUUUAAAUUUUAUAAAACAAAAAUGGAUACCUCUGCCACUAACCCAAACACAACUGCUGUUAAUACAGCCGCCGCCGUCACAGUAAACAAAAUCCCUUAUUCACAGCCUGGCUCACCAGUGCCUUCGGAAAUAGCUGCCAACACGCGCAACUCCAGCAGUAGUUCUAAUGUUUAUACACCACCCGGUACUCCCUCCUCUUCCAGCCUUUCCACCCCCAAGAAAAACUUCCUAGAUGCUGUUAUGCUACAAACCCUGCGCAAGAAACUUGCCACCCCUGGUGGUGCCUUUGAACUGCAAUCUUUGCGUUUGGAUUCUUCUCUAGAUGCUGCCGUUAAUGUGGUUAAGGAUCGUUAUGUUAUAUCCGCCAAACCCAAACAUAUACCCGCCGCUGCCUUUGCCAAGGCUCCCUCCUGCUAUCGUCAUCUAGUGGAUAUGAAUAUGUCUAAUCUUAAAUGUACCGAUAUCUUUACCGGUGAACAGUUCCUAUGCAAGGUAAUCAAUGAACCUUUGCACAAAGUCCAGCAGGCCUACUUUAAACUACAGCAGGAACCUGAUCAAUGCCGCAGCUCCAUAUAUGGUCAUCAGCUUAUACGGGGUGUCAAGGAUAUUGUGGCUCUUAAUAGCCAGCGCACCUAUGUGAUUUUAAACUCCCCACAACCUGUUAAUGCCUGUGAUACCACCGUGGGAGUAUUUGAAGAUUUACAUACUUAUCUGCGUGACAAGCAUCGUUUAUCGGAAGCCGAAACCCGCUGCCUAUUCCAUCAGAUCUGCGAGACCGUUUUGGUGUGUCAUCGUAAUGGCAUAAUUUUACGUGAUCUUAAGCUGAAAAGAUUCUUUUUUGUCGAUGAAGCAAGAACCAAACUUCAAUAUGAAUCUCUAGAAGGUUCCAUGAUCCUGGAUAAUCCUGAGGAUGAUACUUUAAGUGAAAAAAUUGGCUGCCCUCUAUACACCGCCCCCGAAUUACUCUGCCCAGAACCCACCUAUAAAGGCAAACCUGCUGAUAUGUGGGCUUUGGGUGUAAUACUCUACACCAUGUUGGUGGGUCAAUAUCCUUUCUUCGAGAAAGGCAAUAGCAAUCUCAUUACCAUUAUUAGACAAUGUUUUGUACAACUACCCGGUCAUCUAUCACGUUCCGCCCGCUGGCUUUUAUUAUCUUUACUAAGGAAAAACAUUUCUGAUCGUGUGCCCAUAGAGCAUAUCUUCCUCUCACCCUGGUUAAAAGAACAAAAACCCUUCCAUAUGUAUAUACCCGUUGAUGUGGCCAUACCCGAUGAUGAGGAUGAUUGUCUGAGCGACAAUGAUGCAAUGGAUUGUAUGGAUAUUGUGGAAGAUGAUGGCGUACAGCCUUUGGAUUAUUCCUGCAGUACCUUAAGUCUGAAUUAUGUUAAUGAUUCUUAUGCUGAAAUGGGUUGACCCUGGUGUUGUCUUUCUCAACACUAAGCAGCCAGCAUAAGUUUGUAGCUUAUGCUCGAAGCUAAAGACUCUUGUAAUCUUUUUUAAGCGCUGGCGCGCUAGCUUCGUUGUUAUAGUUGCUCUUCGUUAAAUCAAAAAGGGUCAAAGUUCUCCUCCAACUAAACAAAACGUCAGCUCCUAGCCACGGGUUAAUGUCAUUGCUGUUUCGCCAACGCCUUCUUCGUUUCUUUCUUAAGAAACUCAACUCCUUGAAAACCCACCUUCUAAGUGAGAGAGUGUAAGACUGUCUGUUGGACACCUUAAACAUAGGCUAAAGGCCUUAAGUGUGUCUUUUUCCAAUCCCCCGCCCUUCCAAGUUACCAGUUUACACUUUUUUCCCCC